AAGCAGACAGAUUCACACAGAGAUCAUUCAGCAUAAAGAAGACCAUGAAGAUCCUCCUCAUCUUCUUCACUUUCUACCUGAUCUCAGCUGAAGUGAAAUACAUUGAUGUGACUGGAUAUUCUGGAGGAAGUCUUCUGCUGGAUUCUGGGAAACCGUGGAUCAGUUAUUCUGCUAAAUAUAUGGUUAAACAAGACCCACGGAGAAUUAUAAUACAUUCCAAGAAACAUUAUAAAUGGAUUAAUGAAGGAAGAUUCACACUGUUUAAAAAUAAUGAGGGACUACUUAUGAUCUACAUCAGAGAUUUGAGCAAAGAUGAUGCUGGAAGAUACUUGAUUAAUGAUUACGGGAAAUGGUCCAUUUCUAUGGUUUUGGAUGUAAAAGAAGACUUAUGUUGUAAAGCGUCAAAGAGAGUGAUGGUGAAUGUUGGAGAAACUGCCUCCUUCAGCUGUGAAUAUUCACAGAAUCAUAUUAAUGAUGAUAAGAUCAUAUUCAAAGAAGAAAAAGCCUCCAUUGAGAUGAUAUACAACAGAUGGAAGAAGAAAGAAAGAUUCAGUAUUUCUGAUAAGAAAAAUAAAAACGUCUUCAGUGUGAAGAUCACUGCUGUGACUCCAGAUGAUGGAGGAGUUUAUUUAUGUGGAGUUUGGAUCAACAGACGCUCGUACAGUUACUCUGUUAUUAAUACGGUUCAUCUGCAUAUUAGCACUAAAGUGGGCAUGUCUAGAGAGACCGGCUACCCAGGAAGUGGUCUGAUGAUGAAGUGUGAACAUCCUCAAUACAAAACCAGACCAAAAUACAUCUGUAAAGAAUCAGACAGAUGUUCAGAGAAGAAUAAUCCUGGAGUUCAGGAUGAAUGGAUGAAGAAUGGAGAUGUUUCUUUAUACGACGACACCAGAGCAGGAGUCUUGAUGGUGUUUUUUAGAGAACUGAAAGCUGCAGAUGAAGGAACAUACAGGUGUGGAGUGAAAGUAUCUGACUAUACUGAGAUCUUCACUGAGCUUCAGCUGAGACUCAGACACGAUGAAAAAUAUCCAGUGGCUGUGACUAAAACAGCUUAUCCUGGAGAAGUCAUCUUCAGCUUUCGGAUCCCAGAGCAACAGACACUUUAUUUGUGUAAAGAGGAUGAUGAUCAGAUCUGUCAGAACAUCAGCUCAUCUAAAGUCACACACAUGAGCGGUUCAUCUGAGAGAAAUGAAGAGAGAGUUUUUACAGUGAGCAUCAGUAAUGUGAGCGUGAGAGAUGCUGGAGUCUACUGGUGUGGAGCAGAAACCAGAGACACUUAUUUGACUUUCAUCUCCCUGACCACCAAAAUUCAGCUCAACCUCAUCAUGCCUCCAGUAGUGAGACGUGAAGGAGAAUCUGCUGAGAUCAUCUGCCCUUAUGAUUCAAUCUAUAAAUCAAAGCCAAAGUCUCUCUGUAAGGGGAAGUGCUCCACUAGAGACAGAAAUGAGAACGAGACCAAGACUGACAGACUGACUCUGAAAGAUGACGUCUCUACAAGUGUCUUCACUGGGACCAUCACUGGACUCACAGCAGAGGAUGCUGGGAAAUACUGGUGUGCAGUGACAUCAGAAACAGAGCUCAAUUAUCUUUACACUCAUCUGAUGGUCAUCGUGAACGAGGAGCUGAACUUGACUAAGUACGAAGGAGACGACGUGUCGAUCCAGUGCAAACAUCACGAUGAAGAGCAGAAGAUCUUCUGCAAAGCAGACCAAGCCUCCGUGUGUGUGAAGGAUGGAGUUUCGUUGGAGACCGUCAGAGAUGAUCGAUUCUCUUUCAGUGAUGAAGCAUCUGCUGGAGUCUUUACUGUGAACAUCACUGAUCUGAGAGAAGAGGAUUCUGGGAUAUACUGGUGUGGAGCUCACGCCAUCACUAAACUCAAUCUCACUGUUAGAACAGAUUACACCUUGAUCAACAUGAUUUGUGUUUCUUCAACUCUAAUGCUGAUUGGUGGAUUCACUCUGAUUAUGUGUAAAUUGACCUAAAUGAGAGCAUACACUUCUAUUGUGUUAUCGACCAACCCGGUCCCUAAAAUAAUGGACAAAGGCCAACCUUCAAUGUCUUCAAAGGGAUGUUUCGUCUCAGUUCUGUUGUUCAGUUGAUGAUGACUAAUUCUGGAGCAGGUCCACUUUUCCUCCUCAGACAAAACUAAGUACACCUCCCAGAAAACAAUUUUUUUACCUAUUACCACGUCUUCAAUCCAAUUAAUCAUUAAUCAUCCAGUUAAUCAUUUCCGAAGUAUUUUAAGUAGGCUAGAUGUGUUCGGAAAUGGUGCUUGAAUGCUGUUUUAUAGUGUGACUGCGUGUUAAAGAUCAUCUAACAUGCUCUCGAGUUUGUGGUUUUCUUUGCCCUUCUUUGAGUCGUAACCGAGAAGCCCUUCAGCCAUGUGCAAGUGUGAAUAAACAGGAAACUGUUUCUUUAGUGUCGAUGGACAGAGAUGUUUCCACUUCACAAAAAAAACAUGCUAUGUACAUUUAUAGCAUAUAGAAAUGAAUACUAUUUUAAAUGCAGUUAUGCAUCAUAUAUAAGGACUUUUAUUGUUUUUUUGUCACAGCGCUGGAACAUGGCACCACCAACAGUCACAACAAAAGACUAAACUAGUUUCGUCGUUUUAAAGAACCGUUUUAAAGAUUAUUAAUGUUGCAUUUGAAUGCCAAUGUUCUGAGCAGUAUCAGAAAGAUGCUCCUAAAUCCAGUAUUUAUUGUCGAUUAGACUUGCUUGUGAAAGUUUGUGAAUGUUCUUUGUGUUUCGGGGUUUAAGCUGGUGGUCAGUGUGAUAAAGAUCUGCAGCAUGAGAUGCUCUCCAGCUUGUGACUUUCUUUUGCACUAUUUGUAUUCUUUGAGUCAAACCAAAACACUUCAGCCACCUACAUGCGCGAAACAAACAGGAAACGGUUUCCAGACCAGAGCAAGAAAGCAUGAGUUUGUGCAAUAAAAUGUGUGCAUUUGUGGUCCCCCUUUGAUCUCUAUAUCAUUUGAUAUUUCUGACAUUGUUUUAUAUAAACAUUCCACUUUAUUCUGUGGAUAAACGCUAAAACCUCCUCAAUAGUGGAUGCAAUGGAAGACAUUUGAAACUCUCUGACUCUGUAUAACUGAUGCAGUGGCACAAAACCUUUUUUUUUCUAAUAUUUUAAGCAAGACAUGAAGAUCAUGCGUAGAACCAGAUGUGUUAAACAUCUAAAACAUCUGACUCCAUCUAGUGGCACAAAUGAGAACUUGGCAGUUUUCUGGGUUUACACCGUUGUAUCGUAAAAGAAGUUCUAUCCUCUUUAUGUUUGUUGUUUUUUAUAUAUAUAUAUAUACUUCUUUAAAAUUAGUUCUAGCCUUGUUCAAUGAAGCUGAGGUUUGGUUGAGAGCCACUGUCCUUGGUGCUGAAUACAUGAUGGUUUUCAUUGACAUCUCCUCCUAAAAUAUCCAAAUAAAUAAAUGCAUAG